AUGCCUAGUUUGUCGGCAGCUCGCUACGGCAAGGACAAUGUCCGUGUCUACAAGGUGCACAAGGACAAAGAGACGGGUGUCCACACGGUCACGGAGAUGACCGUAUGCUGUCUGCUUGAGGGUGAGAUUGAGACGUCGUACACCAAAGCCGACAACAGUGUGAUUGUCGCAACCGACUCGAUUAAAAAUACCAUCUACAUCAAGGCGAAGGAGAACCCCGUGAACCCGCCUGAGCUGUAUGCCAGCAUCCUGGGCUCACACUUCCUCGAGACCUAUGCGCACAUAUCCAAGGCACACGUCUCCGUCAAGGUGCACCGCUGGACGCGCAUGGUGAUUGAUGGUGCGGAUCACCCUCACAGCUUCUUGCGCGACAGCGAGGAGACCCGCAACGUCAAGGCCGUGGUCACCCGCGACAGCAUUGAGCUGAACAGCAGCAUUACUGGCCUGACAGUUCUGAAGAGCACCGGCUCGGCUUUCCAUGGCUACAUCCAAGACGAGUAUACGACGCUGCCCGAGACCUGGGACCGCAUUCUGAGCACCGACGUUGACUGCACGUGGACCUGGAAGUCGUUUCCCAACGUGGCGGGCGUGAAGGAGAAUGUGGCCCUGUUUGACAAGGCGUGGGAGGACUCCCGCAACAUCACGAUGAAGACUUUUGCCAACGACGAGAGUGCUUCGGUCCAAGCCACCAUGUACAAAAUGGCCGAACAGAUUCUGGAGACUACACCCGACGUCGCGACCGUCACGUAUUCUUUGCCCAACAAGCACUACUUUGACAUUGACAUGUCUUGGUACAAGGGCACGAAGAACACGCGUGCGGAUGCCGAAGUGGUUGCGCCGCAGUCUGGUCCUAACGGCCUUAUCAUCUGUGAGGUGUCUCGCUAG